AUGAAUGAUGGAAAUCAAACAUCUUCAUCAACAUCAUCAUCAAAGUCAACAACUACAACAUCGACUAUUACAGACACUCCAAUCAAUGAUCACACUGAGUACCAACCUCGAAAAGGAGGAGUGAUCAAACUAAACGUUGGUGGACAUCUCUUCUUCACAUCGAUCAGCACACUGUGUGCCGAGUCCAACUCAAUGUUCUCGGCAAUGUUCAGUGGCCGCUUCCCAAUUCAAACAGAGGAGGACGGCUCCGUAUUUAUUGACCGCGACGGUACACAUUUUCUCCACAUACUCAACUGGCUGCGCAACAAGUACAUUCCACCAAUCAACGAUGACAUUGUCAAGGAAUGUCUCAUCAUCGAGGCUAAAUACUAUCAAAUACUAUCGCUUGUGGAUCAUCUGUCGGCGCCACCUCCCCCAUCGCCAAACCCAAACAAGUUCUCUCAGAAGGAGUUGAUCGUGAUGCUCAAUCAAAGUCAUCCGAGCCAUCCCAUUCAACUGGCCUCUGCCGAUCUCUCUGGACUUGACCUCAGCGGGCUAUCCUUCCGCGGAGCCAACCUUCGCUUUGCCAACCUCGAAGGAUCAUCACUCAAGUACUGCGACCUCUCAUCUGCCAAUCUCCAAGAUGCCAACCUCAAACGAUGUGAUCUAAGAUACUCUGAUCUAUCUCAUGGUGACCUUCAGAGAGCUCAACUCCAGAACUCCCAAUUACAAUAUUCAACAGCAAUCUCUUGUAACUUCUCUGAUGCCGAACUAUUGGAGAGCUCACUUCAGAAUGCAGACUUCCAAAACUCGCAGCUGAGUGGCGCCAAUCUACAGUGUGCCAAUCUGCAGGACAUCAACCUGAAUGGCUCCAAACUACAGGGAACUUCAUUGUAUAAAGCGAUCAAUGUACAGCGAGCCAAAGGAUUAAAGAGAUAA